CUUAUAUAUCUAGUGCUAUUACAAAAUUUAGUGUUAGCACACUUUCAUAUACCAGAUGCUGAUAUUUAUCUAGAAUGGGUGGGCACUGUGUCAUACAUAGAUCAAAGAUUAGCGCUCCCAUUUAUAUGGGCAAUACCUAAACAUGAAGAAUUUAAAAUAGAAUAUAAUUGUAACAAUGAAACUACUACAGUACAUCCAGAUGAUGGGUUGAUAAGCGCUUAUACAAAAAACAUGGAUAUGGGUUUUGACAUAGAUGUAUUCGAGCAAUUAUGCAAAGUGGAUAGUCAUUUUUGCUCAAGUUUGAAUAAUAAACCACAUAUAAGAUCAAGGUGGCCGACAUUUUGGGGUGGUGUUUUGACUGUUUCACCUGCAGUUGAUGUUGUGUUGGGAAGUCAUUCAUCGAUUUCGGAAGAAAUUAAAUAUACAGAUAGUGUAAAAGCACAAAAAGAGUUAGAAAAAAAGAUAGGUGAUUUAUCAAAUAAAGAGUUUAAUCAAAUCAAAGUAAUAAGAGAUGCCAUCGAGUUAAAAAAGAAGCAGAUUGACCUUGAUUGUCAGAAGAUUGAUAAUCAACAAAAAGAGAUCAAUAAAAAAAGGGAUGAGAUAAUGGAUCAAAAAGAGAAAACAAAUGUACAAAAGGGUAACAAAUCACAACUGCAAGUGAUAGAGUCAGAAAUAAAAGCGUUAGAUGAACAACAGAAGGAGGUUGAUAAACUAAAGCAAAAUGUUGAUUUACAACAGAAGGAGAUAGAGUUACAAAAGGAGAUUUUGUCGAAUCUAAACAAUCGCAAUGUAGUGAUAGAAAAAUACAAUAAUUUAUAUGUGAAGCUCGAGAAGGUAGAUCCAAAACUUUUGGAGUUUACUAACGAAAUGUGCAACUAUAGUACUAAAAUGUUAUCUAGAAGCCUUGCGAUUGAAUAUUUAUCAAUAUAUUGGAACAAAUAUAAAAGUGUUUUAGAAAGCUCACUUCAUGGUGAGGUGAAUCAUGAAAUGUUAAACUUUGAGGAGUUCAAAAAACUGAUGAACAUUGUGGACAAUAUAAAAGAUAAAAUAACUGAGUUAGAUCUAUCCACAAUGUUUCGUGCAAGUAAUUAUAUUAUUGUCAAAAAUGAUCCAUCUGUUCAAGCCAUUCGAGGAGUAUUGGUGAUUCCUAUGAUUCUCAAACAGAAGACACUACCCGUUUAUAGACCACUUAUUCUGAAAACAACUGGAAAGCCUUAUUAUAAACUACCCGAUAUUAUUGCAUUGGUAUAUUUGAAUAACCGUUAUCAGAUAUUCAACAUAAACAACGAAUGUAUUUUCUCACAAAAUGUGUAUCUCUGUUCAGCUGAUACGUAUGCUGAAAACCUUGGAGAAAAAAUACAAAUAGAAAAGUUUUUAAAUAAUGAAGAGCAUAUGUUGGAAGUGUCAAUUGUAAAUUAUAACCAAAACUAUUCUGUAGGAAUGCACGGAAUUUACGUAAAAUCUGGUACAGUAUAUCUAAGCGUUCUUAAUACAAAUGGUGUUACAAGUACAGUAAAUCAUACGUGCAAAACCAAUGAGUUUAUAAGCUUUGAAGACUUUGAUACAAUAAUAAUUGAAGACCCAAUUCUAUAA